AUGCCUCUUGAGUCUAAUGAGCCCCUCGAUCGCGAGGAUGCCCCGUUCCUCGCCUCGGGUGAAACCACGCCGCCCGUCCAAGAGGAGCCCAGCCAGUAUGACGCACAGAAAGAAGCCAAUCGCAAAAUUCGCUUUCGCUUGAUGGUGACCCUCUUCGCCAUGAUCCUGGCCGUCGAAGUCGGCAUCUGCAUGUCCAACGGCCCCGUCACCCGCAUAUACGAGUCCAUCGCCUGUCGAGAAUACUACGCGCAGUAUGACCCCACCCAAAUCGGGGCCGAUGGGGAGGUCAGGGAGGAAUUGUGCAAGGUCAAGGCGGUCCAGCAGGAUCUGGCUGCGGUGAAGGGCUAUAUGGAGUUUUUCGAUGGAAUUCUGAGUGCUCUGCUAGCAAUCCCAUAUGGUCUCUUGGCAGAUCGACGGGGACGAAAGUCCACCAUCUGUCUCAGCAUUCCCGGCUUUGCCCUCAAUUGCAUUAUGCAGCUUGUCGUCAUGUGGUUUCCCCACGUCUUCCCCCUGCGAACCGUCUGGGCAUCGUCCCUGGCGUGGCUGUUCGGUGGUGGUCCUGUCGUGGCUUUCGCUAUCAUCUGGACGAUGAUGUCGGAUGUGUCAACAGAGGAAGAAAGAUUCGGCGUGGCUAGUAUGGGGGCCGAUUUCGCGUCUAGUGCUGCUAGUUCCUGGAUGAUGUCUUUAGACCCCUGGCUACCCCUGCUGCUGGGAUGGGGUCUGGCUGUGAUUGGCAUGUUCUUUGCAUUGUCGCUACCAGAGACGAUGCCCGCAAAACCCUCGCAACCGACUUGGAAGCAAACGAGCAUGGAAAUGAGCCAAGUAUCCUCCGGAAGCGCCGAGUAUAAAGAUGUUCCGAGCAAAGAACAAGAGCGGGAGGUGUUCAGCGAUGAGGAGACGGUUCAGAGCGGCGAGCCUGCUUUUACGACAAAUACAACCAAACGACCUUUCUUCGCCAUGGUGAAGCAUCGAUUCCGGGCCUAUCUGGCCCCUUAUUCUUUCAUUCUCCGAAACAAGCAGAUCAUGCUGCUUCUCACUGCAUUUCUCGUCUACCGACUCAGCCGUGGCUCGUCUUGGUUCCUGGUCCAGUACAUCUCCACACGUUUUAAGUGGACCCUGGCUGAAGCGAACUUUCUCAUGUCAUUCAAGCCGGCAUUGACCAUUCCGUUAUUCCUGUUUAUUCUACCGGCCAUUUCACGGCAAUUGCUAAAGACCAUGAAGCCGACCCAGAAGGACCUCCAGCUCAUGCGCAUUAGUAUCGGAUUGUUGGCCGUGGGGACCUUGGGAAUCGGGCUUUCUUCCAGCAUUGCCAUGCUGAUUCCCAGCCUGCUGGUUCAAACCUCCGGGUCGGGCUUUGUCUUCCUGACCCGGGCUCUGAUUACCACGUUGGUGCACCGCGAUGAGACGGCGCGUUUAUUCACCAUCAUUGAGGUUCUGCAGUCGGUGGGGAACGUCAUUGCCAGCUUGUCUAUCACGACGGUGUUCCAAAUCGGGCUGGAGAUCGGGGGUCCGUGGAUUGGACUGGCGUGGAUGAUGACGGCGACAGCCUUCACGCUAGUGGGCGUGGCUGUGUGGAUCCUCGGCAGCCCGGUCCUUCCUCAACAGGCUAGCUCGCGGCUGCACCUGCUGCUCCAACAACCUGGUCAUGUCCACUUUGCGAGUUCACUAACUCCUUUGCUUAAUCUGAAUCCAAUUACAACCUGCCAUGGAGAGAUUUACGCAGUUCCGCGAUCGAGUCAGCUGUUGUUCCCACUAACCAACGAUUUCUGUGUAGGCACGGGAGUCGCGCCCUUCUUCCCUACCCCUCCUCCCUCAAUUGGCUUCAUUCAGUGGAUCGUAUGGGCUACUCUUUUCUGGAUUCGUCUCUUCUUCCUCGUUCCCAUAUGCCUCGCUUAUUUUCUGUUGCUCCAAUGGCUCCCACUCCCAUCGCUACUCAGGAAAGCCGCCCUGUGGCUCAUUCUAGCCGUGCCCAGUUUCUGGUGGAUUGAUCUACAAGUAGACGGAGUCAGAAAAGGAACUCUCAGUAACGCACAAAACCAAACCCGUCUCCCCGGCCCCGGCUCUGUCAUUGCUUCCUCCUUCACCUCUCCGAUUGACCCCCUAUACUUGGCCGCCGUCUUUAAUCCCGUCUUUGUGGCUUGCUAUCCGUACACAGGUGAAGUGGAGCAACUGUCCCUUUGGCAAGCGAUUCUUCGCGCCUUUGCCGACCCGCGACCGACACCGAAGCCCAAGACCCGUAUGGUCAGCCUCUUCUCGAUCAUGCAGAAAUACCCCAACAGGCCUAUUGCCCUGUUUCCAGAGUGCACCACCACCAACGGGCAAGCCGUCCUGCCACUAAGCCCCGCCCUACUGAGUACUCCUCACAGGACCAAGAUCUUCCCCGUGACCUUGCGAUAUGAUCCUAGAGAGGUGAUGACCCCGAUACCGGGAACGUUUUUGACUUGGCUAUGGCGGCUGCUUGGUCGACCAACUCAUUAUAUUCGGGUCCGCAUUGGACAGGCAGUCCUUGGCGUCACUGCAGAAGAUUUGCCUGUAGAAGAUCCACCCACAUACGAGUCCGACCCCGAGGAUAAUUUGCCCAAUGCCCCCCCUCCAUAUGGGGAAGAUCACGUGAUCAUUCUUCAAGAGCAGGUGCCAAACCACGUGGCGGAAUCGCUGGCUCGAUUAGGUAGAGCCAGGCGGGUAGCCUUGGAUGUGCAAGAGAAGGAGGAAUUUGUAAGGUUGUAUAGGAGAUCUUACUGGACAUGGUGA